ACCUGACUUGUCAGUUCCUCCAUUAGGGACUGAGAUACUAGAAGUGGUCCGAGCUUUUGUCUUCCGCUCCUUGCUGUCCAUCGACGCUCGAGUUUACGACAACCAUCUCCCACCACCGUAUAACACUCACGGUAAAAGCUGCCAGUAACAGAUUCGAUUCAAUAUACAGUACAGUAAUAGAAUAGAUAGUAGCAAUGCCGCUAUCUCACAAACUGAGCAAGAAACGAAAGCCCCCUCCAGGCUUUGACUAUGUGGAACCUGUGUUGGAGGCUUUGGAGAAUGAGUUACGAGACAAGACGAAAGAAACCAACAUGAAAAAGCGCAAAACAGAAGCCAUGUGGCCCGUGCAUCAAAUCAACUGGCAAAAGAGUCGCUAUGUCUACGACAUGUUUUACACCCACAAGAAAAUAUCUCGAAAAGUCUACGAUUACUGCAUUGACCAAAAACUGAUCGAUGCCGGGCUCAUUGCCAAGUGGAAAAAGCCGGGAUACGAACGGCUCUGCAGCGUCUAUACAAUCAACCCCACCAAUUACAAGUUCGGCACUACCUCCAUCUGCCGCGUUCCUCUCUGGGACAGAUCCGGGGAUCAGAAGCUGGCCCAAGAUCCAACAACUGGCUGUCUCGGGUGUGCGUCAGGGAAAGGAGCUGGUCCAAGAAAUAUUUUUGGGAACAAAUACGGACAAAAUUUAGCCGCCGUCCAAAUAGCGAGGGAACGGCGUGCCGAGGAAAAGCAAAGAUUAGACGAGGAACGAGCCAAGAAGAAACAAGAAUUAGAAGCUCAAAAACAACAACCAAACGAUGAUGAAAGCGAAGGAGAUGCAGAAACAGAUGAUGACACGGAUGACGAGGACGAUUAUGGGCCAACCCCGGCGGCUGGGGUAUGGGCUGGAAGCCAAAAGCUCCAAGCAGAGACGGAAGCAAUCGAGGAUGGGGAUGCUGCGGAAGGAGACGCAGAGGAUGACGAAGAAAGAGCAGCCAAGAAACUGCGAAGUGAAUGAAUUGAUUUCGACAAUUUACUUGAAAUUCCACAAUUUACUUGCAACAAGUACCUCUGUCAGGUGGUAUCCUCAUUCUUCCCUGACACCAUCUGUCCGAUCGAACAGUUUGCGUCAGGCUAGCUUGUAUGCUAUUAGUUUUAAGAUAGUUGCCUAUCCUCGGUUUGCUAAUAUUGCUGGCAGAGAUCAUGGUCGGAAAGCUCCUGGUAUGGUCUGUUUGCUUGCCAUCGAUUGAAUUGUUCUGUCCGUAGCGAUGAUGCGUGGAACUGUACAGUAGCAUCUUCGCAUUCUUCACGCAGUAGUCGAACUAUUGCCUCGACUUUUUUGUUAGAAUCGAAUCUGAGCACAGUAGAGUAGCAGAGCUCACCUCUCAGAUCUUUACGAUGUUAAAAAGUCUAUUUGUAAGCGUCA